AUGACAAUACUGUGUCUUCUUUUACAACGCUGCAUCGUAUAUUUUAUUCGUCAGCAUGACUUCCUUACGGCAGCCAACGGUGACCGUAACGGCAGUGGCGGCAGCGAUGGCGCUGCUGCUACCGUUGGUGCUGCUGCUGCUGCCGCUGAUGAUGAUGAUGAUGAUGAUGAUGAUGAUGAUGAU